CUUAGUUGGUCUUUAAGGUGCUACUGAAGGAUUUUUUUUAUUUUGUUAAGAUUCUGUUGUUUGUACUAUGUUGCUGAAAAGCCAGGCUUUCUCUGCUGUAGGUUUUGGGAUUGUUUGUAUAGUGCCAUCAAUAUAUCUGAAACAGGUCCUGUUGUGAGGAGCUUGCAAUCCAGAUUUUAACAGUGGGGAAUAGAACAAGGUGUGUGUUGGGAGAGGGGGAUGACUUCAAGGAAGUUGUAAGGUAUGUGCUUGCAUGUGCCUAGAUUUUGUUUCAGCUUGGAAUGAUGAUUAAAGAGUUAAGUUAAUGGACUGAAUGUAGUUGGUUGACAUAUUCCUAGUUCUCUAGUUCACAGCAAGUUCUUACCAAAUUUAUCUUAGGUCUGCUUAUCUUCACCUCUUGCAAGUCUCAGGUUUCUGUUGAAUGAAUUGCCACUCAUGACGAAAUAAGACACUUCUCCUUGUCUUAGAUAAUCUUAAUGGGGAGUUCCUUAUUGUACUCCCUUCUGCCUCUUCCGCCCCCCCUUCUUGUCCCCAAAUCCCAUGUGACUCCUUUGUUGUUUGCUAAAAUUCACAGAAAGUUCUCCAGAUUGGCACCCCUGGCCAACCCUAUCUCAGCAUACCUAUUGAAAUCUGCUUAGUGGGAGGCCAAAGACAUGCAAAUAGAGAGAUUCCCCAUGGGGCUAGAUGUCAGAGGAUAAAUUGGAUUGCUUCUAAGGACAAAAGGUUCCUCCAGGAAAAGCUAGCCUGCCCUAGUUGUGAGCACAGAACAAUGUGAGGAAUGAUUUACUAUGUACCCACAGAUGUUUUUGGUGUGUGAGGAUUCUUUUUAUCAGCAAGUAGUAUCAUAAGCAUCACUGUAAAGUUGUGUCUUGCGUAGGGAUGAUGAAACUCUGCAUUCUGUCCAUAUUGUUAAUAGGAACACUUUUGCUGCAUUUAGACAAGUUAGUUUUCCCUUGUAAAUUGCCCUCCUUAAACUCAAUAUUUGUUCCUCUUGUUAACUAGGUUUUUUGUCUGUGUUGGAGUGGGGGGAAGCACGUAAUCCGUAUUAUAUUUGCAUUGUAUAUGCACAGAUACCGGUAGAUAUGUUCUAAAAUCCUGUGUGAAUCAAAGUUGAAUGGAUGGUAGAAUUUCCCUACAAAAAGCUGAUUUCUCUGCCAUCCAAAUCAAAGUGAUCCAAUAUGUGCGUAUUUUUAGCUGGCCUUUCCUUUUUUAGAUUUUGCUUUGCAAAUAUGUAGGUACCGUAGUUGAUUAGCAGUAAUUGACUGAAUCAACUGUAUAUGAGUAGCAGACCUCUAUAAAGCUAAAGCUCUGAAACAAAGGAAAUCCAGAGUGCCUUUUUCCUUUUGACAUUUCUUCAUCAAUGGCUGUGCUACAAUUGUGCUGUCUAGUUACAGUAGUUAGUUUUUGUACAUCAUUAAAAAUAUAUUCUCUGCAGUAGUUCUUCCAUUAGAGCAAUGAUUCAUGUUCUAAAGCUGCACAGCCUAUUUCUUGUUUUUAUAUGUUUCACAGGAAUACUUUCUCUUUAGGGCUACAACACUGCAUUGCCUGUUUCUGAUGAAGAUCUAAGUUAUAAUUAAAUUCCUGAAGAACAGUUGAAGUUCCUAUUGACUGCAAUGGGGAUGUUCCAGCCUCUGAUCGUUGAGUUACGGGAAUAUUUAAAUAUGAAUCGUUUUUCCUUGGCCAGCAGAGCCCACCCCGUCCCGCAUCAGCUGCUUCCUGCAGUUCACAAUCAGAGCUCCCAAGCAUAGUUGAUCUCUGCCGAAAUGGAGCAUUGCAGGCGUGCUGACCAGCUGAUUGGCACUGACUGCAACACCCACGGGGACCUGCUGCAGGGAUCUUGCUUUGCAAUCUGCUCGAGUUCAAGUUAAAGCAGUGGAGCUUUAUGUGAGACAUGGAUAGAUGCAAACAUGUUGGGCGGCUACGACUUGCCCAGGACCAUUCUAUUCUGAACCCCCAGAAGUGGCACUGCAUGGACUGCAACACCACGGAAUCUGUCUGGGCCUGCCUGAAAUGCUCCCAUGUGGCUUGUGGAAGAUAUAUUGAGGAUCAUGCACUUAAACAUUUCGAAGAGACCAGGCAUCCUUUGGCUAUGGAAGUUAACGACCUGUAUGUGUUUUGUUACCUUUGCGAAGACUAUGUGUUGAAUGAUAAUCCCGAGGGUGACCUGAAAUUGCUUAGAAGUUCUCUAUCUGCAAUUAAAAGCCAGAAGCAUGAUCCGUCUGCUAAAAGUGGUAGGACGCUACGGUCAAUGGCUUUGGGGGAGGAUGUUUGCAGUCAUCAGAGGGCCCCUCAGGGAAAGCCUCAGAUGCUUACAGCUCUCUGGUACAGACGGCAGUCAUUGCUAGCAAAAGCUCUACGGACCUGGUUUGAUAAGAGUUCUAGAGGCCAGCGAAAGCUAGAACAAAAGAAACAAUUGGAAGAACUGGAGAGGAAGAAGGAAGUGGCCAGGCAGAGGCGUCAAGAAAUGAAGCGGAGAUUGCUGGAGGAAUUGGCAAACACGCCUCCAAGAAAAAGUGCCAGGCUUUUGUCGCACAUCCGCAGAGAGAAUCUCAUUCCUCGGAAAUUCAGAGAUAUGGAAGCAGGUUCCCCUACCUCAAGACGAGUGCAGAAUAGCAAAUUCAAACAAUUCUAUUCCUACCGGCGUAAGCCUCAAAUGACUCCUGGUGUGACUGGACUAAAGAAUCUAGGAAACACAUGCUAUAUGAACUCAAUCCUUCAAGUUUUAAGUCACCUCCAAAAGUUUAGAGAAUGUUUCUUGACGCUGGAACUUUGUGAAACAGAAGAACUCUUAGCUAAGACCGUGAAUGGAAAGUCUAGAAUGUCUGGAAAGCAGCUCAAUGGGCCUGCUCCAACCGAGUCAGGGAGGAAUGAUCAACUGGGUUCAUAUGGCAGGCAGAGCCUGCCAGCUGGCUUAAAUGGUGGGUCCUCAAUAAGCAAAAGUUUAGAACUUACACAGCCCAAGGAGCCAAGUUCAAAGCACAUCUCUCUCUGUCACGAACUGCACACGCUCUUCAGAGUCAUGUGGUCUGGGAAGUGGGCCUCGGUCUCUCCUUUUGCCAUGUUGCACUCUGUGUGGAGUUUGAUUCCAGCGUUUCGAGGUUAUGAUCAGCAAGAUGCUCAGGAAUUUCUUUGUGAAUUGUUGGACAAAGUGCAGCAGGAGUUGGAAUCUGAAGGAACAAAACGCAGGAUCCUCAUCCCUCUUUCACAGAGGAAGCUCACCAAGCAGGUCCUGAAGGUGGUGAACACCAUCUUUCAUGGGCAGCUGCUCAGUCAGGUCACCUGUAUAACAUGUAACUAUAAAUCUAAUACUGUGGAACCUUUCUGGGAUCUUUCCCUGGAAUUUCCUGAACGGUAUCACUCCAUCAACAAAGGGAUUGUGCCUGUUAAUCAGACGGAGUGCAUGCUGACUGAAAUGUUGGCCAAAUUCACAGAAACAGAAGCUUUGGAAGGAAGGAUUUAUGCAUGUGACCAGUGCAACAGCAAACGGCGGAAAUCUUCUCCCAAACCUCUUAUUCUAAGUGAAGCUAAAAAGCAGUUAAUGAUCUACAGGCUACCUCAGGUCCUCCGGCUGCACCUUAAACGAUUCAGGUGGUCUGGGCGUAAUCACCGUGAGAAGAUUGGGGUCCAUGUCCUCUUUGACCAGGUAUUAAACAUGGAACCUUACUGCUGCAGGGACACACUCUCUUCUCUUGACAAAGAGACCUUUGUCUAUGACCUCUCGGCUGUGGUGAUGCAUCACGGGAAAGGGUUUGGCUCAGGACAUUACACGGCAUAUUGCUACAACACAGAGGGAGGGUUUUGGAUCCACUGCAAUGACUCCAAACUGAAUGUAUGUAGUGUGGAGGAGGUAUGCAAAACCCAGGCCUACAUUCUUUUUUAUACUCAAAGAACCGUGCAGGGCAAAGCAAGUAUCUCAGAAACACAACUUCAAGCUCAGGUGCCGUCCAAACACAAUGAUAAAGAUAGAAGACUGACACUCCCCUGAAAGGAAGCAUCAACUGGCUUAUUUUUAUUUUAUUUUUUUAAAAGCCUUUUGGAGUUCACUCAUCUUGGCGGGAACAAAUACUGCUGCAGGAAUUAUUUGGAUCCACAGUCUGGAGAAGUGGGCCUCCUAUGUGCAACUGUUCUAUGAGAUUGUAGCAGAACAUCUAUUUUUUUUAAGGACAGAUGUAUUUGUAAAACCCUUCCUCCUCUAAACAAAACAAAGAGUAACAGCCUCCAAUGUCUAGGACUAUUUAUCUUCUUUCAAAGAGAAAUCAUUAUGGCAUGGAAAAGUAGGUGCAUUCAAAUUUCUGUGUACAACCAGGAUAUAAAGCCAUCAAACUGACCAUAAAUAUAACAAUUCCUCCAGAAAAAGAAUGAAUCGGCACAGCUGACCUAAUCCUUGAUCUCUUGAUGUGGUGAACUGUUGUUACACCUCUUGGUGUAAAUAACGUAGCCAGUGUAUAAUAUAGUCACCAUCCAUCUUUCUAACCCAGCGUAAUUUGGGUAGAUGGUGUUGUACUGUACUAAAACACAUGCUAAGAUUUUUUACACUAGGGAAAUGUGUUCAUCAACCCUUGUUAAUUAUUUUUGUAAUGGGCAUUUCAUCUUUUGUCCCCUGUAGUCAUUCCAGUUUCUUGGAAUGAACAAAAGCUGAAAUUAUACAGAACUCUCAAUAUGUCACAUAUUUUGAGUAUGUACUAAAAAUUAGAGAAACUAUUUUUCUUCCCUUCUAUUUUCAGCAUCUUCUAAUAGGACAAAAACUUAGACUGAACUUACAGUCUACAUUUUCCUCUGUAAUGAUUGCAGAUGUUCUGGGUUAGCCUUGGCUUUUGGGGCUUUCCUUAUGUAUUGGCUGUAACAUGAUGAUCACCAUAUGAAUUGGUCACGUGACUCCACCCAGUUUCACAGUUGAGGAUUAGAUUUCCUGUACUAAUUACUCGUUUUCUUUUUCUUCUGCUGCUAUUGGAACAUAUCAACUCUUGCCCUAAGUGCAUAGCAACUUUUCAGAUGCAAAGAACAGGGACAAAGGACAGGGAAGUAGCAGCCCUCACACAGAUAAAGCAAGAAGAGGCCCUAAUAGUGUCCUGAAUUUUGUCAACUUCCUCCCAGUCAGCAGUUUCCCUUGCGUAGUGUUUUUGGGGGCAAUGGGAAGGGUAUCCAUCCUCAUUCUCUUCUCUAACCCCCAGAAAACUAGCUCCAAACUGUGAGUGUUUGUCAUCACAGUAUGCUUAGUCACAUGCACAUGACCAACAAGAUAUGACAAUUCAUUAGUAUGCUAUCCUAUGUUGAGUUACCAUUAAGAGCUCUUGGUGACCUUAACUAUUACCACUGUUGCAUCUCUGUAGAAAGGACAUACUUAGAAAGCACAGGACUCUGUGUGGCUAAAUGAACAACUUGUUGCUUUGGAACUUGGAAAUAAUGAUACGAUAGCAUAAAAAUCCCACAAUUGUGUAUUAACUUAACAAAGAUAAAGGUAACUUUUCUUGGGUUUGUAACUAGGCUUUCGGGGCUCUUUUUUGCCACCAGUUGUAUCAAGAAAUCAUACCCCUAACUGCUCAUAAGAAACAGGCCAGUUAAAUUGUGGCAGAAAUCCAUAUGCUGUAGCAUCAUUGUAAAUCCGGUGAAGUUUGACUCUGACAUGGAUGCUGAGCUUCCUCUAAUCCUGCAAUUGUAAUGAUCAAAUAUCAGUGUUUAUCUGCGAAAAGGUUCCUCUGUUAGAGUAGAACACAUGCAUUUCAGUAAACAAUUCUGGAGAAGAGCACAGGCCUUUUCAAAAUUCCUGAAGAUAGUCUCUUGCCACAAGAGCUUCUGCUCAGUAUAGGAUUCAGCUUUCAAUGUAAAUUAGAAAUUUCUGGGGGAAAUGGAUUUCAAAAAGAUUGGCAUGUGUCUGGUGUGCACAGGUUUUUCUCAAGUGCUUUCUUGCUUUCUGUGGCUACUGUGAACCCAUCUUUCCAAGUCCAUUGAUAGCUUCCUGAUACGAGUAAAUGGCAAAUUUACAAAAAUGACAAAAAUCUAAGGGUUUGCCCCUUCUUGCAUUGGAAAUAGGGAGAAAGUAGCAGGGGUUUGUUACACACAGCCGUGAUUUGGGACUGUGCAGCACACACUGAUUCCAGUAGACAUUGGUCUGCAAUUUGGACUGGUAGUAAAAAGUUCAGGUGUACUGGAUCAGGCAUGUCUGAUACUCCAGAAAGCUCUAUCGGCAAGCAUCCCUUGUAAGAAAUUCAGUUAAUGAAGCUCAGCUCGUACUCAUUGUCUGAGAGCAGACACAACAGUGUUUUUUUAAAUAUAGAUAGCUGAAUCCCUACAAAUCAUGAUGCAGCAUUGCAGUAGAUACAGCCAGUAGCAGAUGGGGCUGCAUUGCUGUUCUGGCUUCCAAAGACUGCAUUGCUGCCAUUUACCACGAGGAGGUGGCAAAACAACAGGGCUCCUGUGCAGAGUGCUGAGCUCCCCACUGCCUUGCCCCUUCCCCUUCCAGCAAGUGGCAGCACUGCAGUAUUUGGGAGCCAGGAGAGCAAUGCAGCCCCACCUGCACCACCCACUACUGAAUGUAGCUAUGAAACCAGAUUUCUCAGUAGUAUGGCUGCCAACUGACCACAAACUAAACUGAUCAUUAGUAGCAACUUGAUGUGCAGACAACAGCAUGUGAAGCUUUUCACAGCAUGAAGAUAAACUCUUAUCACCUACUGUUGCCUCCACAUCAAGCUGCUGUUAAAGGUGUAGCUAGAGAUUGGUGGAGGAGCUGGCAAGCCCACUGUUAAUACUCAUCUUUUGACUGGGUAUUUCAAACAUUUUAAAGUUUUUGAGUAGGUACAGCUGACACCUAAAUUAGAUGCAUAGGGUUGGUGGGAGGGUUGUAUAGGUACCAUGAAUGCUUUGUUUCCUAAGCAGAUUUGGACAGUAGUUGCCUCUCAUGUGAUUAAUGGGGUGGCACGAGAUGUGGAAACGAGUGCAAUCGAAAAUUACCUUGAUAGGGAAAGAAGGAACCGUGCUUUUGAAUUGUGCUUGCUGUUUCCAACACUGUGAGGUUUCUGUAAUAAUUAGCUUUUAUUUGGAAGCGAUAGCGUAUAGCAUUUUUUAUGCUGUUUCUUUUAUAUCUGUCCACUGCUAGCAGUGCUCUUGCUAUGCUGUACACUGUUUUAAAGUGUCCUGGUUGACAGAAAAUGUGAUAACAAUUGGCAUUCUUGAUAGUUCCAUAUCUUACCAUUACAAAGAAGCCUAACAGAAUAACCAAUCAGUUAACCUGUCUUCCCGUGUUAAUUUUCUUAGCAUUCAGCUCCUUUGUUGCAUAUGUGUUAACCCUGAAAAACUUUUAGCACUGAAUGGUGCUUCACUUCUCCCAAGAGCCACCGUGUACCUGUAGAAUAUGACCAAAAGCACAUCCACAUUUGUUAACCCAUGGAAAUCAUUCAGUUUACUUUAAGGUUUAGGCUCCUAAACAUGCUUGCUAGGAAGCAAGCCCAUUUAACUCAGUGAGAAUUAUUUCUGAGUAAAUAUGUUUAGGAUCCGGCUAUAAGACAUAUACACACAGGAAUAAGUUGGGUGUAACAAGUGUUCCCGUUAUCAAUAGAGCAAAACUAGUUGUGUGUCUAUAGCUAAAACUAGCUACAAAAAAAUUAAGAAUAAUGGAGCAAUUCAGUACAUCAAGUUUUUGAAAAUGAGUCUUUAUUAGGAUAGCUAACGGUUUUAUUAGCUUGAAGAAAGAUUUCUCAGUCUUAGAAGUCUGUGGAAGUGCAAGCAGGCAGUGAUCAAAACUAAAAGGCUUUGAAAUAGGAACUAACGGUCUUCAACAAAUUUGGACCACUUGAAUUACUGCCCAGAUUUAGACAUUGCCCUUGACAAAAAUGGCAUCCCCAGGUCAAAUAUUCCCCCUAUCACUACAUUUUGGCACACAACCUAUGGUAUGACAGCACACUGUUUCUUUGGCCCAGCAAUUGGGGGGGGGGGGAGAGAGAGAUAUACAAUGUCAUGAGGAUGGGUGUGCCUAAGUGUUAUUGAGGGAUAUGGGAGAAUACUCCACAAAGGAUUGCUACCGUAUUUUCAGGGACAGGUCCAUAUUAAGUAUAACAAUGGGUUUCCCCUUGUAUCUCUGCAACCCUAGUGUUUUAAAACAGAGAACCACCUUCCGUUUUUAUUAAAAUAAAGGCAGAGGAGGACAGAGGCCUAUUUAUUCACUUGUUCUUUCAUAUUUUAGAUAUAGAAUUUCAACCAACUAAGUUGUUCUUUAAAUUUGGGCAGAAAAGGGGAAAUAUUAAUGGAAUCCUUUUAUAUCAAAAGUUUCCUACAGGCACGGGGGAAAUAGUCCUAACUUUACAAAGCAAACAAGUUGAUUUGAAGAGCAUCCUAGCAAACAACUCACUAUUAUACUGCAAAGUUGAACUGUGCAGAUGCUUGUUUUUAUUUGCUUUUGAACUACAGUAUAGAGGUGAUAUCCAGUGGCAAGUCAUCCUUGGAGCAGUGGGUCUCCUCCAAGUAUGACAAGCAUUAGAUAUUGCCCUAGGUGUGUGCGUGCACUUCAGGGAAACUAUAACAUGCCUAUCAGUUAAACCUUACAAAUAAAAUUGGUGUUAAAUGUGUCCUAUGGACUCACAAGGAGAACUUUAAAAACAUACAUGUUGUCUCUUUCUGAUUGUAAAGAUCCAUUUUACUAAUAUGCUUUGUGUGCCAGGUAUGUGUGAUAGGAGAAAAUGUUUUGAAUGUCAGCAAAUUAUCCCCAACACAAACUGCAGCCACAUUUAAACAGUAUUGCUGACUGAAAAUUUGUAUGAAUGGGGUGGAAGUUGUGGGAUUUGUUUUGCCUACCGAUAAAGCUUUGUGAACAAUUUUUUUAAGAUAAAAAAAUUGGUGCCUUGUAUCUAAUUACAUUUUGCAUGGGACACAAGUUUAAUUUUCUCCCCCUCCCAAAUUUGUGUCUUUACAAUACUUUAGUAGUAUUGGCUUUUUUACAUUUCAUAUCUGUAUGUGAAUGGGAAAAAUGGUUCCUACCAGCAACUUGAUGUAUUUUACUGUAUGUGUCUAAAGACUGUAUUUCUAAUAAUGCAAAUGAUUUGCUCAAAGGUAGAUCAUAAUUUUGGUUUUUGUGUUAAAUCUUUGUCAGUAAAAAGUUUUUUUCAAAA